CCCCCAACCAUGAGGGGCUGUACACCACAUCCAGCCACAGCUGUCCCAUUAAGACUUCUGAGUUCAUGGCGAUGAGAAACUAAAAGCCACUGGGAGCCUCCAAGAAAUGCUGCUGGUGGAAACUGUGCUUACUCAUAAGUAGUAGUUUUCUCUCCUCCUCUUUUUUUUGCCUAGUCACUUUUGUUUCAACAUGGGUGUGACUUUUCAUUCUGCUCCCCUCCCUGCGUUAUGUCACUACUUUGGUUACUUUGAAUUGGAAUAAAAACUGCAGCAAACUUCAGACGCUGGCUGGCUGUGCAGACUUUAACAAGACCGGGGACCUUUUCCUCCCCUCUGCCCCCUCCUUUGUCUAGGCUUGGAGAGGAACUCCUUACCUUUUCCACAUUAACUCGCAGAAGAAGCGAUGGCCAAGUUCUGGCUUUGUGCAGCUGUUGGAUUUUACUUGUUGCCGCUUUGUUUAGCCCAGAUAGGUCUGAAUAUAAGCUGCAGAUAUGCAGGGGUUUUCCAUGUGGAAAAAAAUCGGCGCUACAGUCUCACAAGAGAAGACGCAGUUGAGCUUUGCAAGGCCCUCAACAGUACCAUCCCAACAUUGGAGCAGAUGCAGAAAGCUUUUGCCCUUGGUUUUGAAACCUGCAGAUAUGGAUAUAUAGAAGACAAAGUCGUAGUUCCCCGACAUACCCCUUAUCAUCUCUGUGCAGCAAACAAUACUGGGAUUUACAUACUUGCUUCAAAUAUAUCUGACCGAUAUGAUACAUAUUGCUUUAACUCAUCAGAAACAAGAGAAAAAGUAUGUGACCCCGUGAUAAAGUUAUAUUCUGUUUUGCCGAAUAAUAACAAUACCAUAGAGAUUUUCAAUGCUGAUGGAUCCCACUAUAUUGAAGGGGAAAAAUAUACAGACCGACCGCCAGUUACUGAAGAUGAAACCAGUGCAGGCAGUGGUUCUGCGAACGACAGAGGAACAACAGAGCCCAACUUUAUCAGGCAUGGUGUCUCCCAAUAUCCCCAUCCUGCAGAUAGCAGUACCAUUCCAUACCUCAUCGGCAGGGAUGAUGAAGUUUCUGAUAACUAUGAAGAAGGUAAUUCUGAAGACCAGCACCCCAAAAGUACUACUGUUGGAGUAUCAAAUAAUGGAGAACACCAUGACAACGCUACUCAAGGUCAGCAAGUUCUCGAAGAUUUCCCUUUAUGGUGGUCAUCCAAGGAGCAUGAAGAACGGCACAAAACAACAUCCAGGAAGGAUGAGAGUACUGAAGAAAAUGAUGAUGAUGGUGGUGGUGAUGAUGGUGAUGAUGAUAAUGAAGAAGGGUCUGGCCAGAUUAAUCGUGAAACAGUUCUUGAAUGGAACAACAGUGGUGAUCAGGAACCUCCGCCAUCAAAUACCACAGCCGUGGUCCUCAGCAAGGAUAUCAAAAAUGAAGACUCAGCCCAUGACUCUUUUCUGCAUGGUGUACACUCUGAAAAGGACAGUGAAGUCAGAUACUCAACAAAUGGCACAAAGGAGGAUGUGCCUCCUGGAAUUGGUCCUCUUAGUGAUGAUGAACAUUACCCAACAACUACUGCUGCUUCCUCCAGUGAUGAUUUCUUCAACCAGGAAAACCAAAAUCAGCAUCCACAGGAUGGUGGUCACUCUGGAUUGGAGACUGGAGACACAGUACCUACAGCAACCACCACAUCAGAUACAUUGCCCACAGGACUUGUUCCCUCAAGUGAAAAAGAAAGUAUGCUGGGAAAAGGAGAUUUUCAUCAUACAGUGACAUUCUCCAAUGAGAGUGUUGGACAUGCAGAAGCAGAGGAGGAACCGUUGUCAGUUGCGGGUAAACCUGGACGGAGGAGUCAAGGAGGUUCUACCACAAACAGAACAAUCACUGAUGUCGUAAAUAUACUUACCUCUCCAAAUGAACGUGAUCGUGAAAAUGAGCUUUCUCAGACAGCAGAUGAGAGAUCUAAUGAUGGGAUGAAACAUGAAGAAUCUACUCAAGACCCAGUGUCAAAUGGUACACAUCUUGAAUGGGACAGUGAAGAAAUCCAUCUCUCAAACACAUCUAGCAAAGAAGUGGCCCCUGGAAUUGUUCCUCCAGUUGAAAACGAGCAUAAAAAUGAAUCAUUUUAUACAGUUGUGGUUGCCACCGAUGAGACUAACAAUGAAGAUUCUACGAAUAAUACGUUGAUCCAUGGGGUCCAUUCUGUCGGAAGCCAUGAAGACAGACAUUCUUCAAAUACAUCUAGAGAUGGGAUUCUCCCUGGCAUUGCUUCUACAAGUGAAAGCAAAGAUGACAAAUAUUUGGAAAUAUCCCAUACAGUAGUUCCCAGCAGUAGCACUCACUACGAAGACUCAUCCCAUGACACAGUGUUGCACAGGGAACAUUCUGAAUGGGAUAGUGAAGAAAAAUACCUCACAAACACAUCUGGAGAGUAUUUGUUGCCUGGAAUUAUACAUCCAACUGAAAGUGAUCAUGAAAAGGAAUCUUCACAUACAGUUCAAAGUUCCAGCAAUGAUGCCAAACAUGAAGAUGCUAUGCGUGAUCCAAUGUUACAUCAAGAACAAGGCAGAGAAGAUAAUUAUCACACAAAUAACACAGAAGAUGACAUAUUUCUGGAAAAUAUUCCACCAACUGGAUACAGUAGUGAUGAGAAAAUAUUUCAUACAGUUAUUGUACACAAUGAUCCUGAAGACUCAACUCAGGAGCCAUUACCUCCUACCCAUCAGCCUGGCUGGGACCCUGAAGAAAAAUAUCCCACUAAUACUUCUAGAGAUGAUGUGCUGGUGGAAGUUGAUACGGAUAGUAAAAAUGAACAUGAUCUUUCAUUUACAGAUGUGGUUUUUCAUGGGACCAAAGAAGAUUCAACCCUUGAACCAGUGAGUCAAUGGGGUAGUGAGGACCAGUACACUACACAGUCCCCAGCGGAUGUCUUAGUUCCUGGAAUUGUUCCUCGGAGAGGAAUAAAUCAAAAAAAUAAAACUGAUCAUACAGUUGGGGUCUCCAGUGAUGGAGCCAAAGGUGAAGAAUCAACACAACAUCCACCAAUGCAUGGGUUGCAUCCAGGAGGGAGCAAUAACGGUGAAGUAAAUAACACUGAAGAUUAUAGAGUACCUGGAGUUUUUUCGGAAGUUGGCAGUGAUUCUGACAGACGUUCCUCGACUUCUACUGCCAGUAUUAACCCUGAGGAACGUGAAGGGGGAGUGUCUCAUACAGGAAAGAAUGUCACACCUUUACCAGGAGAGUUCCCAAAAAGCCAGCCACGAAAGGCUCACAUACCAGAUUGGCUCAUCGUAGUUGCUUCUCUCUUGGCACUGGCAUUGAUACUUGGUGUAUGUAUUGCUGUGAACAGUCGGAGGAGAUGUGGACAGAAGAAGAAGCUUGUGAUCAACAAUGGCAAAGGAGGCAUAGAUGAGAAAAACGUGGGUGGUUUGAAUGGAGAAGCCAGUAAAUCUCAAGAAAUGGUGCAUCUGGUACACAAAGAGAAGCCAGAAGACCAAACAGGUUCACAUGAUGAAUUUCUGGCAAUUGAUGAAACACAGAACCAACAAGACGUAGCCUUGAAGAGUGGCAUAUAAGAAAGCUAUGCUGAGCCAAUGGCAUCAGAGUUGGGAAAAAGAAAACAUCACCUGGAACUGGGACUAAAACUCACAAAUGCAAUGAGCUACUGAUAUAUUUGAAGCAUUAUUAAGAAUGCAUUGUCUUCUCUAUUUUCCUUCCUUUUCUCAAUGGCCAGGUACAAGGUACAAAUCCCAUUUUCUCUUGGCCUAUCUGCCAUUGCAUAAUUUUGCCCAGUCCAAAAUGGUGACUAUGGUGUUACCAACAUUAUGCACCUCCCAGUUUCCAUCUGUCAUUUCAUAAGGCAGAAUGCUAGCUUUGAAUUGUUUUCCUCCAUUUGUGUCACUUUCAUCAUUAUAAGUUUAUGCAGCAACCGGAAUUGGUAAGCCAUUGAGACAUCAGAGCAACAAGCAUGUCCCUUAAGACAGAUUCAGAAAGGCAAGCUACCUAGAGUGUUGUUAUUAAUCAGAAUGGAGACUUGGGAACAGAAGUCCUUUUUUCACUUAGCCCUUCAGAAUUUGUCAGAUUUAUUGAAUCUCGCUUCUUGUUACUUUGGAAUUAUGCUCACCCAUGAUCAAAUACCUAAUGACAAAUUUGUUCAGACACUCAAGGGUAACGUUAUGGGGAAAAAACAGAAGGGGUGGAAGGAAAAGAAUAAAAUUGAUUUUAUAGCAAAUAAAUUUUUAUUCUCUAUAAGCUAAA